UAAAAAUAUAAUUAAUACACUAGGCCUAGACGGGGCCCUAUCUACUCUAGAAGUAGGCCUAGACUAUAACUUUUUAAGUGAAGCAUGCUUAAUAAGUCACUGGGAUGAUAAAUUACUCACAUGGAUAAACGUCGUAGAGCAAGAGUACAAGGGGGAUGGGUUGCCCCCUCUAAUCCACAAACUAGUAAAGAGCAGCCAAGUGGUGUUGGAAGGUCAGCUACCGUGGGUGCCAGAGUGGUGCCAAUCCAGCAUACUGAUGGCUGUAAACCUGUGAAAAAUGUAAGGUCAGACAGAGACAGAAAACCCAUGCCAGUUGGACCAGCAUGGCUUGGAAAAAACAUUGACCAGGUCGUUCCUAAGACAACGUUUGUAUUUGAAGAACCUGAGGAGGAAAUAAAGUUAAAGCCAAGUGAUCAACUCAUAACGAAAGCUGGUGUUUAUGACAUAAGUACUGAGCCUUCAGGUCUCUCAAGGUUGAGGUACUUCCCACAGUUUUUAGACUCAUCUCGCAGUGAUGCUAUUUUUGCUGAAUUAUUUCAUGAGAUUCCCUGGAGGCAGAGGUAUGACAUACACAAUGGAGUACAAGCAAUUCAACCGAGACUAACUCACUGGUACAGCGAACUACCUUACACAUACUCUGGGGUUACAGUGGAAGCAAACACAUCUGAAUGGCCAAAGUCUCUAAAAGAGUUAAAAGAGCAGCUAGCAGAACUGACUGGAAUAGAAUUUAAUUCACUUGCAGCUAAUUUAUACAGGGAUGGGCAUGAUAGUAUAGGAUGGCAUUCAGAUGAUGAGCCAAUCAUGGGGAAAACACCAGUUAUAGCUUCAUUGUCAUUUGGAGAUGAACGAGUAUUCGAAUUGCGUAAAAAGCCUCCUCCAAAUAAAUCAGGAGAAAGAGACUACACAUAUAGUCAAGUGAUCAGGUUAAGUUUGACUGGUGGAAGUUUACUUAUUAUGGAAGGAUGGACUCAAACAGAUUGGCAGCAUCGAGUGCCUAAAGAAUAUCAUGACAGAGGAGCAAGAAUAAAUGUUACUUUCAGAGUUGCAAAACCAGCUCAUUAUAACAAUUAAACUGUCUUAAUUUUCCUAAGUCAAAUUUUGUCCACUAUUAAUUAAUUGUUACUAAAUAACAUUAAAAUAAAAUGUGGCCAUUCUAACUGUUGUUUUAAAACAAUAUUAUCAACUAUUCAUAGGAGUUAUACAUAUUUGAAAAACUUUGAACAUCCAAAAAGGGUUGUGACAAACUUCAAAAAGAAGUGCGACUGAGUUUUUAAAGUUCUCAGAAUGCUAUGGGUGAUAGAUUGCCUUUAACAUUACUAAGUGUGAUGCCUUUCAUUUCCCUAAUUACUCUUAUCCAUGAAUAAAUAUAUAUUUCUAGGGGGUGAUUGUGACUCUUGAUUCCCACUUUAGAUAAAGGUUUUAAAUAUGUUCAGCUUUUAAGUAUAUUGUAUUUUUGCUUUAACAGUAUUUAAAUUUGUUAUAAGUGAUAUCUCAAGUAGUUUGGUAAAAUGUUCAAAACAUAUUGAUAUUUAUUAUUUAGAGAUACUAAUGUUAGAAAUGUAAAUAUUGUAGAACUUAAAAUUUAUAGAAUAUUGGUAAAUGGCAUUUAUUUUGAAGCUGAUGGUUAUUAAUUUUUCUCUAUAUCAUUUGUUACAUUUAUUCUGACGCAUUAAAUAUCUCAUAAAUGUUGAUUUACAAUAUUAAUUCUCUGUAACUAUGCCUUGUGUAUGACAACUGCUUACACAACAAUACACUGGUUUCAAACAUACAUUAGUUUGUCCCAUUUUAUUACUCCUAGGGCAACAGUGAACCCAAGCCCAAUAAUUUUAGAUGUACCCCCACCCCCAUUUAUACUUUUUACUGUUGAAAACCUACCCAAAAGUAAUUUACUUAUAGUUGUCUAACAAAACAUAAUCCUAAAAUGUUCACAACCAAAGUGCCAUUAUUGUUAACCUGUUGUUAAAAUAUAAAACAUGUUCAAGCCACCAAUAUAUAGUGAAGCCAUAAAUCCUCUCAAUUGUCUAAGCAGUGUUGACUUGAGAGACUUAUCUUUACUUCGGUCCAAGCUGCUAUAACCCUCAAAGGUACACAAUUUAAAA